AUGUCUACCAACACACAGCCCAACACUCCCGCGCAAUGGCAGAAGUUCAGCGAGCUGAAGCCGGUGGACGACAUCCCAAACCACGAGUCCAAGGAUGAAGACAACGCAAUAAUGUCAGCCGACGAAUUGACCGACCUCGAAAUCAAUGCCCGGGUGAUCACCGCCGACCAGCCCGUCCAUCUCAAGAUGUCUACGCGUGGAGCCAAAAAAUGUGUCAUGGUGAUCUAUGCCGCCGUGCUCGAUCAGCCGAUCAGCGUUUCGAUCGAGGGCGAUCAGCGCACGGAGUUGAAGCUGGGAGUGGAUUCCGGCCACCUGCAAGCGGAGAUCAAGUUCGACGAGGGCCGGCUGGAGGUCUCUUACAGCGACCGACACGGGGACGACCGCACCCCGGCCUACCAAGCCUUCCUGGACACGGAGCUGCGCGUCGCCCUCGCGGUCUGCUGGUCAUCGCCCGCCGUCGCCAUCUCGAUCUGCUCGUUUGUGGCCAAGUCGGCGGCCACCGCGGGCUCGCAUGCGCUGUCCCAGGCCCAAGCCGUGUCCCUGGGUCAGCAAUUGGCGGCCCAUGCCAUGACCGGUCCCGACUCCUACUUUGCUCCGACCCUCACCUUCGACGGUUUUGUCGUCACGCUGGAGUCCCAACGACAGGCCGCCGAGAAUUUUCAGCGCCAAUACGAGGCGUUCCAGGCCGCCGAAGACCGAGUCGAUGACGCCAAGGCGGCCGGGGAAACCCUUCUGGCAACCGUGCAGCACGAACAGUCAACCAGACUCGAUCUGCAGUCACAGGCCUUGGAUAAAUACCGCGCGGCAGCAGCUACGGUCGACGCCUGCGACAAGCUGCUCAGGGAUGAUGAAGAAGACCUGAGACAUGCAAAAGACCGGUUCGAAACCGGUCUCGAUGAGUGGAUAAGGAAGCAGACCUUCCUGGCCAUCUGCACAAUCCUUGGUGCCGUCUUCCGUGAGUGGCUUCCCUGGUCCUUCCUAUUGAACCCCGGUCACGAGGCCAUAGUCGAACUGACAUGUGCGUGCGCGCGGCCUUUAGAAUUUGCGGCCGGAAUCUACGCCGUCGGGAAGGGGUCGGGCAACCCAGGCGCAGUCGAAAAAAUCGUCGAUGAAGUUGAGAAGGCCGAAGAAGCGGCAGGGGCUGCGGAGGAUGUCAUCCUCGGCUCCAAAGCCUUCAAGGGGCUGUGGGAAUAUACCAAAGCAUUGGGGAAGCUGUAUCCCCACAUUUCCGAUGUCGUCUCUGCUGUGGGCAAGAUCGACCGUCUGGGAGAUCAUGAUGAGAUUGACCUUCCGACCUUGGGCGGCGAUAUCUCCGGCUCCGAUGGGACCGAUGCUGACGCCGGCUUGAUCAUGAGUCUGGCCGCUUGGGAUGAGUGGGAGUUAGACUCGGACCAACAGAUGCAAUGGGCUGUCUCGCAACAGAAUCCCGCGAUCGACGGAGCCAGUGAGUAUCGCUUGACCCUGCGCAAACAUGCGGUUCACGGCCGCGCAUUGGCCCAGGCCCAGGCCGAGGCUGUCAAGCAAGGUCAGGAAUAUGUCCAGGCCACCCUCAUGGUGCUCCAAGCCAACCGCGAUAUCGAGGCCAUCGACGACCUGCUAGCCCACUACGAGGAAGAGAAAGAUGCAUACGCUCAGGCCGAAGCGAAGUUCUAUGAUCGAUACCUCCAGCUGCAGACCACGCUCGCCAUUCAGUUGCAAUAUGCGGUCGAUGCCUGUCGAUUCUACACCCUGAAAGAACCUGCAGUCAUCCUGGACUCACAGAUGUCUGUGGACGAUAUAACCAACUGCAUUGCAGAUCUGCGGGGUGCGAUGCAAGAUGUAGAUAUUCAAUAUGCGAACGGAUACACGCCUAACACUCCUACCACAUUUUCGGACGAGUUAGCAUCCAAAUUUCCCGAGACGGUGAUCGCCGGCCUGAAGAGCAGUGAGCAAGGGUAUAGUGCCACGUUCACGCUAUUGCCCAUGCCAGGCGACAACUACGACCCCGGCCCGGAAAACUACGCAUACCCCUUCACAGGGGGAUUCCACUACCGGCUGAAUGGGCUGGAGCCGCGCCUGAUCGGUGUGAAACCGCUGCCCGACGCGGUCCACGAUGGCCGCGCGCUUGUCAGGUUCCGCAUCGAAACCUCCGGGACCUAUUCGGAUCUCGGGUAUGACCCCGAUACGAAGGAAACCAAGGUCUGGCAUUUCGUCAGCAAGCUUCGACAGAACCGCUACGUCUACGAGAUUGACGAGUCGGGCGCUUGGCUCCGUGACAGGGAGCGAGCCACGUACGAUGACCACGAGCACGCGCAACCUCCGCCCUUCACACUCUGGAAGCUCACACUUGAAAACCCCGAAGACCUGGAUUUGAGUACACUGGACAAACUGGAGCUACACUGGGACGCAUUCUACCGGCCGGACUUCCCAUUAUGA